ACUCUGGAAAGAUGGCCGCCUUGACUGAGGAGGAUUUCGUAGCGCUGCAGAGCCUGCUGAAGGCCUCCUCGAAAGAUGUUGUCAGACAGCUGUGUCAAGAGAGCUUUUCCAGUUCAUCCCUGGACUCAAAGAAACUCUUGGAGAUGACGUGUUCCAGCUUGUCUGUGACCCAAGGGGAGGCCGAGCACCUGCUCCAGGCUCUGCACCGCCUCACCAGGCUUGUGGCCUUCCGGGACCUGUCCUCUGCCCAGUCGAUUCUGGCUCUCUUUCCAGAAAAUUUCCACCAGAACCUCAAAAACCUGCUGACAAAAAUCAUCCUAGAACAUGUAUCUGCAUGGAGAACCGAAGCCCAAGCAAGUCAGAUCUCUCUGCCACGCCUCGUGGACCUGGACUGGAGAGUGGACAUCAAAGCCGCCUCAGACAGCAUCAGCCGCAUGGCCAUUCCCACCUGCCUGCUCCAGAUGAAGAUCCAGGAAGAUCCCAGCCUGUGCGGGGACAAGCCCUCCACGUCUGCUGUGACCGUGGAGCUAAGCAAAGAAACGCUGGACACUAUGCUAGAUGGGCUGGGCCGCAUCCGGGACCAGCUUUCUGCUGUGGCCAGUAAAUGAACCAACCAGCUGCCAGUGCUGCUGCCGUGUUCUGGCCUCCUGUGUCAGUGACAAAGCACCUCCCCUUGAGGCCACACUCAGGCACAGUGGUGGGAUGGAGGGCCUUGCUGCCAUCCACAGGGCACAGGCAGACGGAGAAGCAGCCAGAGCCUCGCUGUUCUCCUUUCUCUCUCUGGAGCAAAUGAACAGAAGCCUCUAUCUUUGAAAGGCCCCUGGGUGCUGGCUGAUUGCUACUGUGCGGUUGAGGGGAGCGCAGGUUCCAGGAGCCGCCCCUGCGUGGCUGUGUGGGGUGUGGAGGCCACACCAUGGAGCUGACCUAAUGAGUCCAUUUCCUACGUUAGCUCUGAUGAGUGAGUUUCCAGCUGGAGAGCAAAUGGAAGCAAAUGGAUGAGGCCAGCUGCUCCUGCCUCUUCGGCAGAGAAGCCGGGCAAAUGUCACGGAGCUGGGUCACCCAACGUGGUGUCUCCCAGGCGUCCCAUAGCUCCCUCACCCCGCUGGACCAUCUCCUUAGCUUGGGAAGUUGGAAUCACUCUGGGGGUGGAUGGUGAGAGUACUGUAAUUGGAAAUAAAUAACAGUUUAUGAUUCUGGUCA